AUGAACUUCCAAGAAAGUUAUGGAAUUGCCUUCAUGCAGUGUAGCACGGUAGAAGCAAUGUCUCGUGAAGAAUUGUCCAAAGUAUCUAGUCCUGAAGAACAACAAGAAGUGAAGGAACUGUAUCAGCCACUGAAAGUUUACUUGAGAGUUCGUCCUUUCUCAAAGGGAGAGCUUGAAAACAACGAAAACCAGGACUGCUUAAUUAUUGAAAACCAAGAGACAGUAAUGCUUCGGGGUCCAAAAGAAUUUAUCGGGGCCCCAAUAAAGAAUAACGAAAAGAAAAUUGGACAAUCUGCACAUCAGUUCACUUUCACAAAGGUUUUUGGACCAGAUACAACUCAAAAUGAAUUUUUUGAAGGCACAAUGAAAGACAUUGUAAAAGCUUACCUUAAUGGAAGAAAUGGGCUUGUUUUUACUUAUGGCGUUACUAAUGCAGGCAAAAGUUUCACUGUCCAAGGUUGUCCAAAAGAUGGUGGCAUUCUUCCUCGUUCCCUUGAUAUGAUCUUUAAUCACAUAAAAGGAAGACAGUAUUCAAAGAUGAACUUAAAACCUUGCUUCAGUAAUUUUACCAAGAGGCUAAAUGAUAUGCAGGUUAAGCAAGAAGAAUCCAUGAAGGCUGCACUUCUUGUUUCUUUGAAAGAGGAAACAGAAAAUAUUUGGAAACCUUUUGGUCCUUUAAGCACAUCAGAUGCAAUGUCAUGCAGCUGUAACUCACCAAACCUUCCUUUGGAUCAGUUAGAUUACAAACCUGAAUCACUAAACUCAGAGGCUUCUACUAAGGGUCAGAAAACCCUGGCAUCACUUUGGGUUUCCUUCUUUGAAAUAUAUAAUGAAUACGUUUAUGACUUACUGGACUUACUACCAGCCUUGAAAAAUCAGAAGCGCAAAGUUUUAAGAAUCUGUGAGGAUCAAGGAGGAAACUUUUACAUUAAAGAUUUAAAGUGGAUCAAUGUAACAAACUCAGAAGAGGCUUGUAAAAUACUUAAAAUAGGAAAUAAGAACAGAAGCUUGGCGUGCACCAAGAUGAACCAGCAAUCCAGUAGAAGUCACAGUAUAUUUUCUAUUCGACUCCUCCGUUUGAGUGAUGAAGAUGUGCCAUGUAUUCUUGGAAUCUCUGAACUUUCCCUCUGUGACCUGGCUGGUUCAGAAAGAUGCCAUAAAGCUCAAACCUUUGGAGACAGACUGAAAGAAGCUGGCAAUAUUAAUAAUUCUCUUCUCAUUCUUGGAAAAUGCAUUGCAGCUCUGAAACAAAAUCAAAACUCAAAAUUAAGGCCAACUUAUAUUCCCUUCCGAGAGAGUAAACUGACUCGCCUCUUCCAACCAUUCUUCUGUGGUAAAGGCAAAGCCUGCAUGAUUGUCAACGUUAGUCAAUGUGCUUCCACAUAUGAUGAAACACUGCAUGUAAUGAAGUUUUCUGCUGUGGCAAAGCAAGUUAUUCAAACAUUUCAACACAAGCUCUUCGAUUAUUUCCCUCAAAAGUAUACCAGGAGAGAAGAUAAACCUACAGUGCACUUUGAUGAAAUAUCCAUUGAGCAAUUUCCUAUGUAUGCUGAUGUUGCUACCUCCUCUGAAGAUGAGGAAAUAGAUAUCACUAUUCUGAGCCAUGAGGAUCUCUUGAAAACAACAGAGAUGCUCAAGGAUAGACUGAUUGCAGAGAGACAAGGAAAACUACUCCUUGAAGUCCAAAUACGCAAAGAGAUGGCCAAAGCAAUGUUUCAGCAACUUAUGGAAACAGAAGAAGCUUGGAGUAAGCGCUUAGAAGAUUUGAAAGAAGGUUAUGAAGAAAAACUGGAGAAUAAAUUUGAAAUGUAUAAAGAUGCCAUAAAGAAGCAUGCAUACACAUGUGCGAUGGACCAAAUUGAAGAACGCUAUGUUCCAGUAGAAGAGUUCAUAGCCGAACAAGAAAAGGUUCAGGACAGAGAAAUGAAAAUACUAGAGUUGAAACAAAAACUUGGAGAACAAAAUAGCCUGCCCUCAGAAAAUCCCUGUUCAGUGUCUACAGAAUGGAAGAGGAAUCUAGAUACUAAAUGCAAGCUGGUGGAAGAAACUUCAGAUGCUCUACGGAAACCGUGUGAAGAGAGAGAUGAGUUAAUAAAAUCAUUGGAAUUAAAAAUUCAGAAAUUAAAUGAAAUGCUGCAAGAUGCCAAGGAAGAAUAUAGAAAAAUAGUUGAGGAGAAUAAUAUAUUAAAGCAGAUGGUGAUGCUUAAGGAACAAGAAAUCAUUGGGCUUCAAAACUGGGCUAAAUGUGAUCAUGAAUCUGAAGCCACAUCAUCCCACAUAUGAGAAGAAUCAAAUGAAAGCAAAGAUCUAUUAAGUGCAGAAAGUAUUAAACUUCAUAAAUCCAAAAAUGGCUUCUUUGCAAGUCUGAAAUAUAAAGUAACAGAUGGUCCUAAGACAUCGAAAAGUAAAGGUCUGGAAAAACCUGAGAAGUCCCCUACUGCAUCACACAGACUAGUGUCAGUAGUACAUCAGAUAAAACAAUAA